AUGGAUCCAAGAAUACCAACAGCAUAAAAAACAGGUAUGAGACCAUUAGGUACUGCUAUGAAACCUGGUACAGCUAUGAGAGGUGAAUUCGGCUUCAAUGCUGGCUAAGCUGCCAACUUAAAAAUUGUUGAUAGACCUGUCACCAAAGGUGGUAUGAUGGGUAUUAGCACAAAACCCUAAACACAAGGUAGAGCAAUCUAAGACAGGGGCUACUUUAUGACUCUAUUGAGAAAUAAAAUAUCAGAAAUCCAAAAUGAAAUUAAAGUCUUCAAGGAUAAAAUUGAAUAAAUUUAGCAAGAUAACACUACUUAUAACAGUUUGCAAAAAAGAUUUGAUGAUUUGAUCAAGGAAGUUAGAAAUUUAGAAGGUUAACUUGCUGAUUAUAAUCUUGCUUCUGAUAAGCAAAGAAGCAAAACUCGUCCAGAAGAAAUACAUAACAUGUAUUAGCAUAUUAAAUUACAAAACUAACGUAAGGCUGAUUAAUUAGAUGAGAUUUUCUUGGAGCGUAAGAGACAAGAAGAGGAAAUUUAAAAAUUAGAAAUGAGAAUCCAUGAAAUUAAUCAGUAAGCAGAAUAAAAGAUCACCGAAUUAGAUCCAGAACAAAGAUAAGAAUAUGAAAAUCUGCUCUAAGAAAACAGAUAAUUAAAUAAUGAUAUUAAUCUUUAAAGAAAUGAGUUAGAAGAAAUCAAUAUAAAGCUCUAAUAAACUGAAUCUAGAUUAAAUAUUGAUUCUUAAAAAUUGAAGGGUAAAUAUCUUAAGGAAUAAAUUAUAGAGCUCGAAAGAAAAAGAGAAGAUUUAGAGCUUUAACUCAAUGAAGCUAAUUUAAGUUUCCCUGAAGCCAGAGAUAAGUUAAAGGCUAGAGUUGCAGAAGAUAAUGCUUUACUAGCUCAAACUGAAAAGAGAACCAAAGAAAUUUAGAAAAACAUUGACAAUUACGAAAAGAGAAUUAGAGAAAUCAAUGCUGAAUUAAAUGGAGGAGCCGAAAGAGAAGCUUAGAAAUAGAAAUAUGAAAUUAUUUACUAAAAGGACAAAGAAAUGAAUGAUUUUAUUUAGAAUUACUAACAAUUUAGAGAAAGAGAAAUUGAGCAAAUCAAUUCUAUUGAAUAAAAUAUUAUUACUCUACUUGAAAAUUCAUCUAAAAUUCUUUCAUUAACUGGUAACCUACCCAGUUAAGCUGAUUAUACUUAAAUAAUUGGAAACUUUAAGUUUUAAGAAGGAAUGAAAGAAAAUUCAGAAAACACUCUUGUUAUGAUUGAAAAACAAGUUGAAACCCUCAAAGAAAGUCUGAAAUAAUUAGAAACUCUUGAAGAAAAAUUAGCCUAAAAAAAAGAAAAGCAAGUUAAGCUUUUAGAGUAAUGGAAUACUGAUAUUGAUACCAAAUAUAAUAGAAUAGAUCAAUUCAAGAGAGAAUUUGAAUAAAAAGAAAAGAGACUUCUUAAAGAUAGAGAAGAAUUAAAUGGAUUUAAAAAUUAAAUUUCAGAACAACUUAAAAACGUUACAUAUGACUACAACUUGAAAGAAAAGAAGCUUAAUAUGCAUGAAUCUUAUCCUAGUUAUACUGAGGCAGAGAAAAAGUUCUCAAAUUGUGAGAAUCAAGUAAAUAAUCUUAGAAAUUUCAUUAUUACCAAAACUAAAGAUAUGGACUACGAAAAUAUCAAAGAAGAAUGCAAAAAAUUAGUUGAUGAUAUUAACAGAGCAAUAUUAAAAAAUUGA